GAUGCCUUGUGGCUUGCUCGUUGGUUGGCUGUAGUUGCCUUUGCCUGUCUGCCAUUUUGGAUUGCUGUGUAGUAUUUGCUGAUCGUUGUGCUUUCAUUGUGGAUUGUUGAGGACUAUUAUUCAAAGCAGCUAUGUUAUUUGCUGUGAUUGAGUUUGAGAAAAACUCAGGUGGAGGAUUAGCUAUUAUUCGUGAAGAGUGGAUGACUCCGAGAAAAAAAGAGUGCUUUUGGCCUCCUUAUAAGAAUUCGAUUGCAUUCAAUAAAUUCCUGUUAAAUUCGAAAGAUACACAUGAAGAAACUUGGCCCACCUAUGAGAUGAAGAGAGUUUUUUAUAGAACAGAUGAUAUUCGGAAAGCUAGAGAGAAGUUGAGGAAAGCAGAAUCAGAUUCUGAAGUUCUCACUGAAUUUGAUGAAGGUGGAAAAGAAAAGCGAAAAAGAAGACCGGUAAAGAAAAUACUAUUCAGUAGUGACAGUGAAGAUGAAGCUCUGGUUACAAAACAAAUUAAAUAUCCAGAACCACCUUCAGAACUACUUGUUGAUGUAGAAGCUCAACACAUCCUGACAACAAAUGAAUCAUUCAUAGCAGGGGAUUCAGAUUUGGAGAAGCCGAUUGAAGAGUCAUGCCUGGUCUCUUCAGAACACACUGCUGGCCACAACAUAUCAUUUACUCCUCAGGGUACAAACAGUGGGCAUUCAGUUACUUCAAGUUCAUCUAAAGGGCUCGAUGUUCUUGCAGGCCAUUUGGCAAGGAUAAAUAGAAGAUUGGAUGAUAUUGAAAAGAAUCAGAGUGAAAUUUUAGCAAGGUUGUGUCCAACAAAGCCUGCUAUGAACAUUAUUCCUCCUGAUAUAAAACUCCCCUGCGAAACAUUGGACGAGAUUAGUGACUUGGAAGAUUGGUUGCUGGACGACACUAAUAAACAAUCUUUGAUCACAAAUUUGAGUCUUCUGGGUGGGAAAAAAGUUGGAAGAGUUGUGCGCAAUAUACUUGAAAAGAUUUUCACCAAUGAUGUUGCCAAACUUUUCAAUUGGACAGGCAGACACAGCAAACGCUGUUUGAGAGAUUUGGCUGUGAUGAAACUCAUACCUGGUGCUGUAAGGAAACAAAAAAAACUUAUCAAGUUCUACGGAUGAUGAAAUAAAUACCAACAUUGCAAAUUGGUUCAGAUUUUCGAAGGAUAGAAAUGGAGGACGAGAGCAAAGACGAAAGGACAAGCCAAGACAAGAUCACCAGGACCAGCAGAGACAGUAAAAAAUACCAUGGUUUAUCAAAAAGAACUAAUUACAGAAAGUUAGCAAAAGAAAAACAAAAAAUCAAACAACAGUUACUUGAAUUGUGCACUCCUGUUGCAAAUUGUGUUCAAUCUGAAAAUAGCACUCAUGAAUCCCAUGAUAACUCACUUGAUAUCUCAAAUCAAUUUGAUAAUUUAUCAGGAAGUAAAGAAAGUUUUCCAUACAGUUCCAGUUCUGAUAGUAGUAUAAGUAGUAGUUUCAGUGAUGUUUCAAAUUAUUCUGACAAUAGGGACACUAAUCAUUAUUAAACGAAAAUCCAAAGUAAAUUCUGUAAACCAGACUUCUGCUUCUGCAAAUAUUGACGACAGGGUGAACAUAUAGAUGGAAAUUUGAUAACAGCUUCUAUCCAAAAAUUAUUACAUCAUGCAGGACUUGCAAAUAAUUUUUAGAUAGUAGCUCUCAUCGAAUUUCGUUCCAGCCGUUUAUCCUUUUGUCAAUAUUUGCAGUAGCAGAAGUCUUCGGGGUGGUUCACAGCAUUUAACUUUGAAUUAUCGUUUACUAAUAAUUAUUUAUUCAUUAGCAUUUGAACAAAUGCAAUUUCUCAUUUUUUCCAUCUGUAAUUUAUCAAAUGUAAUUGUAAUGUAAAUGCAGUUGUAAUGUAAUUUUUCAAAUAGAACAAUGUGUCAUGUGAUACAUAAUUGAUUUGUAAUUUUAAGUGAAAAUGAAUGGCGAAAACCGCCAUUCAAAAAUCGCAGCUGUCGGUAUGUCAUAUUAUUAUUUUUAUGGCACAUUGUCAGUCAAUUUUUGAACCAUUGCCAUAGUCAAUUUUUGAACCUUGAAUUAUGUUCCCUGUAUUAAUCUUUGUAUGUUCUGUUUUUUUUUCAAGAUAAAAUAUUAUUUUAAAAUUUAUCAAUGUUGUACCACGCAUAUUAUAUUAUUUCACAUUAAAAUUAAGUAUGAAAUAA